AUGAGAGCAUUUGUUCAACCAGCUUUACAAUCAAACACAUUUAUUAAAUCACCAGAACCUUUACAAAUUACAGUCUGGAUAAUAUCCGAAGGUAUCUACACUUCACCAAAUCCAUUAAAAGUUAGACUAUGGACCAAUAUCAAAAAUUCAUUUGAAUCAAUUGGAUGGCUAGAGCUUGAAUUUAAAGAGAUUUUGACAAUUAGUGAUAAUGAAGAAGAUUUUAUGCCAAUAAUAGGAUGUCAUCAGGAUGAGAGUUAUCGAAUAUUUCAAUGUACUAUUGAUACUAAAAAUGUUCAGGAGGGAUGGUAUGAAUUUACUGUAAAAGUUCAGGCAUUAGUUGACUAUCAUGAUCAUUAUUGGGUUUGGCUGAGCGAAAAAGAAAAUCAAAAUGCCUUAGUUUACGUUAAUAAUAAUAAUGAGGAAGAGAGUCAAGGAAAUGAUGAUAGUGGAAUUAAGAAUAUUUUCAUCAAAGAUUUUGAUAAUGAUAAAGAUCAAGACAUUAGAUAUUUUAAUAAAUAUAAUGAAAGAAAUAUUGAAUGUUGGAUUAUAAAAAAAUUAGUUAAAUUUAAUAAUGAAAAUGGUGGCAAUGAAAAAUUAAUCAAUCUUGGUAAAAUUAAUAAUUUUUUAAGAUAUUUUGGGCUUGAAAGACUUGGGGUUUAUUGGCUUGUACCAACAAUUGGUCUAAAGAAAUUAGAUAAAAUCAAAUCUUCAAAUAAUUUACUUUAUUUGAUAGUUCAACAAUCUACGGGAAAUUACUUGGUAUUUAUUCCAAUCACAACUGAUGAUUAUACAACUAGUUUUACAUCAGAUGAUCAAGGUAAUUUAACUUUAAGAGUUUUGAGCACAACAACAACAAGUGAUCAACAAGAUUCGUUGGAUGUUAGUUUUGCUAUUGGACUUGGUCCAGAUAACCCUUAUGAUAUUUCUCAAAUUUGUAUGAACAUUAUUAAAGAAGAGUUGCCUACAUUAAGCGGCAUAGAUAAAAAAGAUUGGGAUAUUGUACUUGGAAUGCGUAUAUUUUAUGAAAGAGUAUCACAUCAAGAUGUUUUGAGAGUUUUGGAAUCAUUGGAUUCUAAUGGAAUCAAAAUUGGAUAUUUAUUAUUAGAUGAUGGAUGGCAACAAACAAAUAAUGAAAAACAAUUAAAAGAUAUUGAGGCGGAUCAGUAUAAAUUUCCUCAAGGAUUAAAGGGUUUUAUUGAUGAAGCUAAAAGAAAGUUCCCAUAUUUACAAUAUUUUGGUGCUUGGCACACAUUAUGGGGAUAUUGGGACGGAAUAGAUCCGAAUUCAAGGAUUUCAAAUAGUAAUGAUUAUUGUCCUCAUAAUGAAGACUCUGAUUCUUGGCAUAUUUAUACAAAUACAAUGAAUAACAUUUGGACAAGUAUGUUUGAUUGGAUUCCAGAUUGGGAUAUGUUUCAAUCUGCUAGUGUAUUAGGCUCGUAUCAUGCAGCAGCUAGGUCGAUUUCAAAUUGCCCAAUCUAUAUUACAGAUUAUCAAAAUUCUCAUGAUAUCUCUAUUUUAAAAAAAUGUAUUAUCAAAUCACCUUCCUUACCAAUACGACCAUCGCCAUCUUCAUUUUCUUCUUCUACUACUUCAGUAACAGAAUCAAGAAAUUUACCAGAUAAAAUACUUAGAUCAAAAUUACCAGCCUUACCAUCACUUGUCAAUUUAUUCGUAAAUCCAAAAGAAAUUAAUAGAUUAUUAAGAAUCAUAAACUUUAAUGGCAAUAAUAUUGGUGUUGUAGGAUUUUGGAAUUGUAGAGAUGUUAGAGUGUUGGAUACAUUUUGUUUAAAUGAAAUAUUCUCCAUUAAGAAUAACUUUCGUAAUAAUAGUGAUUAUAAUAACGUCAAGUGUUGUAAUAAUAUUAAUUGUAAUGGUUAUAAUUGUUUAGAAUAUGCUUUAUAUUCUCAUAACAAUAACCAUUCAAUUAAAUCAUCAUCACCGAUUAGACUGUUAGACAAUUCAAAAUUUAAUAAACAAAUACCAAUCAUACUAAAUCCAAAAUCAUUUGACAUUUUAACAAUUUCACCAAUCAAAAAAAUAAAGUUAUCAACAACAUCAUCAUCACAAUUGACGGUCAGAAUGACAUCAUUUGGUUUAAUUGACAAAUAUAAUGGAUCAAAAGCGUUAAUUAAAUUAGAAAAUUCGUGCUUUAUAUCAUCAAAUUUGGAAAAAGAAAUUGGAACCGGCGUGGGUAGAAGUGGGAAGAAAGAAAUCGGUGCAAAGAUGAUUAAAGCACAUAUUGGAAAUCAAUUAAUUAAAAGUGAAAAUAUAAAUUAUGAUUUUGAACAAAAUUUGAUUUUAGUUAAUAUUUCAAAUGAUGAAUUAAAUAAAUUUUUAACUAAUAUUUACGGUAAUAAUUAUGAGGACGGUGAAGAAAGAUUUUAUUGA